ACGAACAAACCCCGAAGCAGGUCCCGCAAAAAAGUCUGAAUUAUAUUGGCAUCUUCGUUCCCAUCCUCCACGCUCCGCUUGUUCCAUUGGUGAUGGCACGAGGUUGCUCUACCAAUGGGCAAUGGCCAUCCUUAUCGAGAGCGAAAACGUCAACACCACCAUCCCCACCCACUUGACUUUGACCGUUGACCCGCUGACAUCACCCCCACUCGUUCUUAAGGCCUCGGCCGCCCGCACUUCCUCCCCCCACUGUCCCCAGUAGCUCAGGCUCAGCAAUCCCCGCCAAUAGCCAUGGAUGCGCUCGUCGCCGGACAGCAGGCCAGGCGGCGGAUCCGGCCGCCGGAGCCGCUCGUGAUGGCCGCCUCCCCGACCACGCCGGCCGCGUUCAAGUGCCCGAUCUCGCUCGAGGUGAUGCGCUCGCCGGUGAGCCUCCCCACCGGCGCGACAUACGACCGGGCGUCCAUACAGCGCUGGCUCGACUCCGGCCACCGCACCUGCCCGGCCACGCGGCUGCCGCUCGCGUCCACCGACCUGGUGCCCAACCUGCUCCUUCGCCGCCUCAUCCACCUGCACGCCGCCACGCUGCCCCCCUCGCCCUCGCCCGAGGAGGCGCUCUCGCAGCUCGCCGCCUCGCACGGUGAGCCCGCCGCUGCGGAGAAGGCCGUGCGCUCGCUGGCCGCCAAGAUCGCGCCGGAGAAAGGGAAGCAGGCCUCCGUCGCGUCCGCCGUCGCCGCUGAUCUCGACUCCACCGUGCCGGCGCUCCUCUCCUUCGCCAAGGGGGGCGCCGGCACCGACGCGCGCGUCGACGCGGUGAGGAUCCUGGCCACUGUGGCGCCGGAGAUGGUGCCCUACCUGACCCGGGACGGCACGGAGAAGCGUGGACGGGUCAAGAUGGCCGUGGAGGCCAUGGCUGCCGUCUUGUCCGCGGGCGGAGUCAGCGAAGAUGCCAAGAAAGCCCUCAUCACCGUGCUCGUGGCCGGCGAUCUGGGACGCGUCGUGGCAACGCUGCUUGCCGCAGGUCCCACCGGCGUUGUGGUUCUCGAGGCGAUCCUUACGUCGCCCGUGCCGGACGCCGACGUGAAGACCGCAAUCGCCGACAGGUCGGAGCUGUUCCCCGAUCUGGUGAGGAUCCUCAAGGAGGCCGCGUCACCGGCAGCCAUCCUGUGCAUGGCCGCGGCCGUGCAGGUACGCGGGCGGCCCGCCCGAGCGUCGAUGGUCCGAGCCGGUGCAGUGUCCGCGCUCGCGCUGGCCGUGGCGGCCGCGCCCACGGCCGCGGCGGAGUCGGCGCUGAUGUUACUAGUAGAGGCAGCCCGCUGCAGCGAUGGUAAAGCAGCCAUCGCCGACGACGCGGCGGAGGUGGCGGCGGCCGUGAUGGGCAGGAUGAUACGGGUGGGGCAAAUGGGGCGCGAGGCCGCGGUGGCGCUGCUGUGGCUGUCCUGCUGCGCGGGGGGCGGGGACCGGAAGAUGAGGGAGGCGCUGGCAGCCGCGCCGGAAGCGGUGGGGAAGCUGCUGGUGGUGAUGCAAGGGGACUGCUCGCCGGCGACGUCGAGGAUGGCCGGCGAGCUGCUGAGAGCCGUGAGGAUGGAGCAGGAGAGGAAGGGCAUGGUCUCCUCCUCCUACGACAGCCGCACCAUCCAUGUCAUGCCUUACUAGCAGCAAGUAAAUUUGUCGAGCUAACCCGCUGUGCAAAUUGUGUUUGCUUCCAUUGGUGAAAUCGCUGUGCAAACUGAAAUAACAAGGAGAAAUUCAGAGUGGGGACGCAAGAAACCAAGUCAAAGUGGGCAAGAUAGCAUUUUUGUUUGGAAAAAUGUCGAGAUACUCGCAGUAUUACCUGUACAUGCGACCGUAAUUUGGACGCGUAGUGGAGUGGAUGGCUACCUCUUGUUCUCUUCUGAA